AUGAAGUCCAAGCGGGCAGUGUGCUCCUGCCAGCAACGCGGCGUGGCAGAUACCUGGCAAAUAUCGUUCGGAGGCAGGCAGUUGUACGACGGAACCGGUAUAAAAUUCAACAAGGAUGCUGACAGGAUCAAUGCAGAGUCGAAAAAGAAGGUGGACGUGCUCUCUGAGGAACUGCUUCCGUACAUCAUCGCGGAGCAGGAGAGACGUACGACGCUGUACAAACGCAUCAUGACGGCUAUACAGAACGGUGAGAAGGGCGUCACGAUCGCCGAGCUCAGGAACAAGCCCCCCCUUAUUAUUAGGAAAGGUCUUCUCUACCGCUGCCCAGCAAACCGGGUUCCUAAGGAACCAGACGGCUCAGGGGUGCUGAUGUGCGAGAACGAUAUUGAACCAACUCAAGUGAUGUAUGACUCCUGCCUCAGCGCAGAGGAUAAAGAUCUUUAUGUCGCUGAGAAUAAGUACUUCUUUUGUAAUCGACACAAGGUGGAAGGUCCAGACCUACCUCGCAACGGUACCGCUGUGAUUGGCUGCGCACCGAUGGAGAGGACCUCUUUAAACUACACCAGUAACAAGUGCACGUUGGAUGAUACUGAAGAUGUGGUUGUACACUACCGCUAUUAUCCGGACAGGACGUACAAAUUCGUGACGGAACUGGACCCUGACCACGAGGUCUGCGACCAUUGGAACCCGUGCCAGAUCGGCUACAUCUACUCCCUCCCUACUCCUGACCAGGCUCUGAUUGCCAACGAGCUAUGGCAGGACAGUUUGGAGGAGUGGGUGCCCGUAACAGCUAAGAACUACACCAGCAGUCCGCGAAGGAUAGGCAUCCCAGACGGUUACGUGUUCCACGGUAUACAGCACUCCAUCUCCCACAACUCAGGCAGAAACGCGGUGUCGCCGAAGUAUUACUCUGUGCAACCCAUUGGCUCCGUCAUAGUUAUCACCAUGACUUUCCCCACCUGGUCGAACCAACAUUAUGGAACGUACUUUUGCAUCUUCUCCAAGCCUGGCACCAAGCGAGAGAAAGUUGUCAAAUUCUUGGUGUUAUCUCAAACCAGCAUGGUCAUAACGCCGAAGGUUGUGGAGCUACUGCCCGGACAACGUGCGAACACCAUCGAGUUACCGUUCAAGUGCAACCGAUGUCGCAUCAAUAGCGUCAUGGUGAGGGCCUCGGACGGCAACGUAUACAAUGUCGACAGCUCACGGUACAGGGUGAACGAGUCUACGGACAGCCGGCAGGUUAUAGAGGUAGAUAUCGAGGGUAUGAAGCCGCAGGACUUCGGCGAUUACAUCAUCGUGGUACAGAAUGGCGAUGGCAAUGACGAGAGGCUCAUAGCAGUGACUGUUUUGAUGAUCGACAUACCUCGACUGACGGAGUCGUUCCUGGUGGGCGGCCACUUCGAUCGGACUAUGAACUACACCUGUGACAACUGCGAGAUCAGGGACAUCCUGUGUAACGGGGAGAGUGUGCUGGCUGCCGGACGGAUUUCCGUCAUCAGCGUCUCCAAGAUGAUCAGCUUUAACUUUCCCAGGUUCGAAGACAGUCACUCCUGUGUGUACGUGGGCUUCUUUAAAGUGAAAAACAGGGUUUACAAAAAGAUUUUAGCUGUCAUUGAUACGGUGAUCGUCCAUGGACAAGUAAAAAGAGCGCCACCAAAAGAAGGCGAGCAGUUCGAGGAAAUAAUUCCUUACAGUUGUACCGAUUGUCUUGUCACUAAGGUCUACGUGAACGGCAUACCUGUGCAAAGCUCGAGAAGAAGCAACAGCGGAUCCGGCAGUUUCUAUAUUGUGUCAUCUUCAUCUAUCACAAUCCGCAUAGUGGAAUACGGUCCGACUUAUGAGGGUGUGUAUCAAGCAGUAUUUGUGGCGGGGACUGAGCAAGUCACGAAGACAAUCCUGGAAAUUACGAAUUCCACAGACCAAAACUCUUCCAAACCAGAAGUUGGGGGCACAGCGACCGUUGGCGGAGCUUCGGUUAUGUCGACAGAGAUACCAUCGGAUUCACCAGCAAAUUCGACAGACAUGAAUCCUGCAGUCGAAACCGCAACACAGUCGAAUGGUGUUACGGGAGCCGAAACCAAAGAAGAAUCUGAUGGUAAGAUCUUCAAUUUUACGGCCUGGUAA